AUGGUGAUAGCUCCGAACAUCAUCCCCCAACGAUGUUUCUCCGUUUCUCCUUUCAAGAACUGCUCCAUGCAGUGCGCUGCUAACUUGUUUUUUGAUUUCAAAGUUCACACCGUGACUAUUGUGAGGACAUGCAUGGGCGAAAGGCAUGGCUCUGGCGAGAAGGAAAACACCAUAUUCCUCUUCAACCUUUACAACUCAUCACUGUCAAACUGCGGAACUCCUCAGGAAUUAUUUCCCAAGAGUAUUAUUGAAAAGUUUAGCGCGAGCAAGAGAGAAAAGUAUGAAAAGUUCAUCCAAAGAUGGACAUCGUCAGUUUGCGAUAACGAUGUUGAGGUUAAAGAUUUGGAUGAGGUCGAAGGUCAAACUAGCCUGACAUACACAACCACAUCAGCAGAAUCUUUAAGACAAGACUAA